UUUUUUUUCAUUGUAUAUAAAGGACAGCAAAUAAAAAACGAAACCCCUACAAAUAUCUAUUUUUACUCCUUUUUUUUCUGCUUCCCUUUCUUUUUUUUUCCGGUUUGCUACUAUUUUAUUAGUACUCUUGCAUCAAUAACAUCUACUCUACUUCAGCAGUCCAACAAUGACAAAGGAUAUCUCACCGCCUGCUACACCGCCUACGUUCAGCCCGAUACCCCAUCGACUAAGUCUGUUAGAGCAAGCUUCUAGCAACGUUGCUACCAACAGUGUGAAAGAAGCAACUGCUGGAACAGAGGAACUCUUCCCUGUAAAGAGUCAACUCUCUAUCAUCGAUUUGAAAAGCUCUUUCCAGCUCUUAUCACCUCUCGAAAAACAGUACUUUCUACUAGAGAUCAUCAACAGCUGCGAUAAUUCACAAUUAACAUGGUUAAACAAUAUCAUUUCACCUCGAUUAAAAGUGGAUUUUAUCAAGCAAUUACCAGCCGAAAUUGCUUUGCAUAUAUUGUCUUUUAUCGAAUUGCCAGUAACAUUAACAAGAGCUACAUGUGUUUCUAAAUACUGGAGGUCGUUAAUAAGAGAAAACAAUCAUUUAUGGAAGAAUCUAUGUAUGAAGCACAACUACUAUCAACCGCCACUUAUCGAUCACUUGCCAUCGUCCCGCACCACUCGCACCAUCACCAACGCAACAACAACAACAACAACAACAACAACAACAACAACAAAAUCAAAAAAAAUGAUGGAUUAUUUAUUUGCACCCACACCUAUUCCCCGUCCUUUACGGUUACAAGAUACAGCGAAAAGUAGCAGUAGUAGCAAUAGUAACAACAUGAAUGAGGAACAACAAAUUAAUUUUAGGGACUAUUUUAAAAGAAAAUUUACAAUUGACAAGUCAUGGAAAAAAGGCGGCAGAGUCACUACCAUAGAAAACGGCUUCUCACAAGGUCUUGUGACAUCAUUACAGUUUGAUGAACAGUUCAUUGUCGUCGGCUGUGACAAUCAUCGUAUUGAAGUUUUUGACACACAAACCGGUUUGAAAGUGCGAACAUUGCAAGGGCAUGAAGGUGGGGUAUGGGCAUUGCAAUUUAAAGGAGGAACACCUGAUGAUCCUGAAAGAGUAUUAUUAUCUGGAGGAUGUGAUAGAGAUGUUCGUGUUUGGGAUUUGAAUCGCGGUCGACUACGUUAUGUUCUACGAGGUCAUACGUCGACUGUUCGUUGUCUGAAAAUGCGAGAUAAACAAAUUGCUGUUACUGGGUCUCGAGAUACGACUCUGAGAGUAUGGGAUAUCAGUCGUGGUACAGUCAAUCAUAUCUUGUUAGGUCAUCAAGCUGCUGUACGUUGUAUUGAUAUUCAUGGCGAUAUGAUCGUCUCGGGCUCUUAUGACUCCACAGCUCGUAUCUGGGAUAUCAACACUGGACAGUGCAAACAUGUUCUUAUCGGUCAUGUCUCUCAAAUUUACGCGAUUGUCACCAACGGCAACAUUAUUGCUACAGGUUCUAUGGACGCACAUAUUCGUGUUUGGUCGGCACAAACCGGCGAGUGUCUAGCAACACUGCACGGUCAUACGUCGCUCGUGGGUCAACUUCAGCUAUCUGCCUCUAUGCUCGUGAGUGGGGGAGCCGAUGGAUGCUUGAGAGUAUGGGACAUGAAUACAUAUGAGUGUCUACAACAGUUCUCAGCUCACGAUAAUUCGAUUACUUGCUUGCAAUUUGACGAAGAGAACCAACAUAUUUUGAGUGCAGCCAAUGAUGGAAAAGUAAAGCUGUGGGAUAUGAAGAAAGGGCAAUUUACUCGACAAUUCACUGAGCCUUCGAAGUUAGUGUGGAAGAUUCAAUUCAGCAAUACGAAAGCCGUUAUUGUGAUGCAGAGACUCAGUCCCGAAAAUCCUGAAGAGGGCAAGACAGUAAUGGAAAUUCAUGACUUUGAUUUAGCAGCGCCUGAAAAGGUAUUGGAUGAAGAGAAGCCAUUUCUUACUGUGAAUGAUUCCCAGCACAAUGAUAGGAGCAAUACAGCAGCAACUACUACUACUGCUUUUCGUCAACAAAAUGCAACAAUGAAUAUCAACAACCUUCUAACACCAUCAUAAAACAUUUAUAUCACAUAAACACUACACAUUUAUUCCACACUUAAUAUUUUUGAUACCUUUUUUCUUUUUUAUUCUUGAUCCUUCUUGUGAUCACCGUCGAUAUCAACGCCCUUCACACAUACCUCCUCUUCCCCUUGGUUCGGUCCUCA